CACAGCUGGAUUGAGAGAGUAUUCAGGAAAUGUGGCAAUGUUGUUUAUAUAAGUAUACCCCAUUAUAAAUCUACUGGGGACCCAAAGGGAUUUGCAUUAGUGGAAUUUGAAACAAAAGAACAAGCUGCAAAAGCUAUUGAGUUUCUUAAUAACCCACCAGAGGAAGCACCAAGAAAACCUGGUGUAUUUCCCAAGACGGUGAAAAACAAGCCCAUUCCUGCUCUCAGUGUAACUGAAGAAAAGAAAAAGAAAAAAAAGAAGAAAGGCCGAACAAAGAAAGACGACAAUAUCCAGACCAAGGAGUCAAAUAUGGACGCGAGCAAGGAAAGUGUCUGUAAGAAAAGAUCAAAGACCACAUCUGAGAGCUCUGAAGUAGAGGUUACCGAACCCCAGAAGCAACCCACAAAGAAAAAGAAAAAACAAGAAAAAACUGAAGUAUCCAGCUUACCUUUAGUCAAAGCAGGGAAGAGGAAAAGAAGCGGCUCUGAAGAUGCAGACUGCCUCACUCCCAAAGUGAAAGUUAAGAAAGUGUCACAGAAAGACGUUAAAAAAGAAGCUCCAGAAGUUUGUAAAGAAAACAAAGAAUUAGAAGUCUCUAUGGAAGAGGAAAAGGAUACUGGAGAUAUAAAAGACGGAUCCCUACUGAAAGCAAAAAGAAAGCAUAAGAAAAAACAUAAAGAGAGGCAUAAAAUGGGAGAAGAGGUUAUUCCAUUACGAGUACUAUCAAAGCACAGUUGAACUUCAAGGAUGUGUUCCUAGAUUUCACUCCUGAGGAGUGGGAAUGCAUGGACCCUGCCCAGAGGACCAUGUACCAGGACGUGAUGGUGGAGACCCUCAGGAACCUGCUGUCUGUGGAUAUCUCUCCUACACAUGUGAUCAAGCAUUUACAACCCAAAGGGAACAGUGAUAAACAAGAAAUAUUCCAAACAUUGAUGCUGGGAAGACCUGAAAGCUGUGAUAUCAAACAUUUUCAUCUUUGGGAAAGUCAGGAAAAUACAUGUGACUUUGAAUGUCAGGGGAGAGAUGACAAACGAAAUUACAAAGGAACACCUGUAAGCCUUAAUGGAAAUGUGCCUGAUGAAAUAGAUUCACAUGAUGGAAAGGAUGCAGGAAUCAAGCCGUUUGGAAGUAGGCUUGGAUUUAACUUUCACGAUAAACUGCAGAUAUUUCAAACUAGUGGGAUAAUUUCUGAAUAUAAUGAAGUUGAGAGGUCUGUCAACAACAGUUUCUCAUUUUCACCACUUCAAAGAAUUCCUCCUUGUGCCCAAACCAGUGUUUCUAAUAUAUAUGGGAAUGACUUUAUGAAUCCUUCAGUAGUAAUGCAAGACCUCAAAGCACACAGGGAAAAACCUUACAAAUGUGAUGAGUGUGGUAAGGCCUUUCGUGUAAAGUCAAGCCUUUUAAGUCAUCAGACAGUUCAUACUGGAGAGAAACCUUACAAAUGUGACGAGUGUGGCAAGGCCUUUCGUUUAAAGUCAAUCCUUUUAAGUCAUCAGACAGUUCAUACUGGAGAGAAACCUUACAAAUGUGAUGAGUGUGGCAAGGCCUUUCGUUUAAAGUCAUUCCUUUUAAGUCAUCAGAGAGUUCAUACUGGAGAGAAACCUUACAAAUGUGAUGAGUGUGGCAAGGCCUUUCGUGCAAAGUCAACCAUUUUAAGGCAUCAGACAGUUCAUACUGGUGAGAAACCUUACAAAUGUAAUGAGUGUGGCAAGGCCUUUACUCACAGCUCAAAUCUCAGGAGACAUCAGAAAAUUCAUACAGGACAGAAAUUAUUUAAAUGUGAUAUAUGUGACAAAGUCUUCAGCCGAAGUGAACACCUUGCUGGUCAUCAGAGCGUUCAUUCUGGAGAGAAACCUUACAAAUGUAAUGAGUGUGGCAAGCACUUUAAUCAACCUUCAAAGUUCAUAAAUCAUAAGAGAUUACAUACUGGAGAGAAACCUUACAAAUGUGAUGAGUGUGGCAAGGACUUUAGUCAACCUUCACAGUUCAUAAGUCAUAAGAGAUUACAUACUGGAGAGAAACCCUACAAAUGUGAUGAGUGUGGCAAGGACUUUCAUGUAAAGUCAAUCCUUUUAAGGCAUCAGACAGUUCAUACUGGAGAGAAACCUUACAAAUGUGAUGAGUGUGGCAAGGCCUUUCGUGUAAAGUCAAUCCUUUUAAGUCAUCAGACAGUUCAUACUGGAGAGAAACCUUACAAAUGUGAUGAGUGUGGCAAGGCCUUUACUAACAGCUCAAACCUCAGAAGACAUCAGAAAAUUCAUACAGGACAGAAAUUAUAUAAAUGUGAUAUAUGUUACAAAGUCUUCAGCAGAAGGGAACAGCUUGCUGGUCAUCAGAGCGUUCAUUCUGGAGAGAAACCUUACAAAUGUGAUGAGUGUGGCAUCGCCUUUCAUGUAAAGUCAAUCCUUUUAAGGCAUCAGAGAGUUCAUACUGGAGAGAAACCUUACAAAUGUGAUGAGUGUGACAAGGCCUUUCCUGACAGCUCAAACCUCAGGAGACAUCAGAAAAUUCAUACAGGACAGAAAUUAUUUAAAUGUGAUAUAUGUUACAAAGUCUUCAGCGGAAGGGAACAGCUUGCUGGUCAUCAGAACGUUCAUUCUGGAGAGAAACCUUACAAAUGUGAUGAGUGUGGCAUCGCCUUUCGUGUAAAGUCAAUCCUUUUAAGGCAUCAGAGAGUUCAUACUGGAGAGAAACCUUACAAAUGUGAUGAGUGUGGCAAGGCCUUUCCUGAGAGCUCAAACCUCAGGAGACAUCAGAAAAUUCAUACAGGACAAAAAUUAUUUAAAUGUGAUAUAUGUUACAAAGUCUUUAGCGGAAGGGAACAGCUUGCUGGUCAUCAGAGUGUUCAUUCUGGAGAGAAACCUUACAAAUGUGAUGAGUGUGGCAUCGCCUUUCGUGUAAAGUCAAUCCUUUUAAGGCAUCAGAGAGUUCAUACUGGAGAGAAACCUUACAAAUGUGAUGAGUCUGGCAAGGCCUUUCGUGUAAACUCAACCCCUUUAAGGGAUCAGAGAGUUCAUACUGGAGAGAAACCUUACAAAUGUGAUGUGUGUGGCAAGGCAUUUCGUGAAAAGUCAGUCCUUUUAAGUCAUCAGACAGUUCAUUCUGGAGAGAAACUUUACAAAUGUGUUGAAUGUGGCAAGGCCUUUCGUGUAAAAGCAAUCCUUUUAAUGCAUCAGAGAGUUCAUACUGGAGAGAAACCUUACAAAUGUGAUGAGGGUGGCAAGGCCUUUCAUGAAAAGUCAUUCCGUUUCAGGCAUCAGACAGUUCAUACUGGAGAGAAACCUUACAAAUGUGAUGAGUGUGACAAGGCCUUUCGUGUAAAGUCAGCCCUUUUUAGGCAUCAGACAGUUCAUACUGGAGAGAAACCUUACAAAUGUGAUGAGUGUGGCAAGGCCUUUUGUAUAAAGUCAACCCUUUUUAGGCAUCAGAGAGUUCAUACUGGUGAGAAACCUUACAAAUGUGAUGAGUGUGGAAAAGUCUUCAGUCAAAAAUCACAUCUUCAACUUCACUGGAGAAUUCAUACUGGAGAAAGACCUUUCAGAUGUGAUGAGUGUGGCAAGUUCUUCAGUCGAAAUUCACACGUUACAAGUCAUCGCCGAAUACAUAUAGAGAAACCUUUCAAAUGUUUCAAGUGUGGAAAAUCCUUUACUCAGGUCUCAGCACUCACUCAACAUGAGAAAAUCCAUAUAUGAGAGAAAUGUAUGUGAAUGUGGUAUAUGGUAGAAGUCUUAAGAAUUCACACCCUACUGUUGGUCAGAAAAUUCAUUCUCCUGAGACACCAUACAAAUAUCAUGAGUGUGGCAACAUCUUAGGCUUCAUGAGAAAAUUCAUACUGGAUAGAAGCCAGAUAUAUAUGUAUUUAUUAGGUCUUUAGAACAUGAAUUCAUUCUAGAAAGAUUCCUCACCAAUUUCACAAGUGUAAAAAACAAAAACACCUAUCCUCACAGCUUAACAUCUCAACAGUAGUAUUAGAGUAUUUAUCCUGGAGAAAACACACAGCAAUGUAAUGUGUGUGGCAAGGAUCUUACCCAAAAGUCACAAGAUAGGAACAUAGUGGAGCCAUACUUCCCAGACUCAGUGGUUGUGGCAAAUCCUUUACCUUUUUCACUAUAUGUAUUCUCUGAUGACUUUAGUUCAGGUACUCAGCAGCUACAGUAAAUCCAUAUUUGACAAGAAGCUGUAGAGAUAUUUUCGUGUAAAAUAAACCUGAAUUCUAACUCAGCAGAGAUGAUUCUUUGGGAAAGUAGUCCACCAUCUUUUUGGUCUCCUGGCUUUCUGAAUAAAGUCACUAUUCCUUGCCCAACAAGUAGUCUCUCAGUUUAUUGGCCUGUUGUGUGGUCAGCUCUAAGAGCUUGGCUUUGGUAAUACAUUGAUCAAACACAUUUGCUAUAUGCAUUUCCUGAUGGUCUCUGGGAAGGAAUCAGUGAGAUGAAGGGGCCAACUUUAUUAGAUAUGAUUCAUUCACAUCCGUAUUUCCUGGAAACACACACAGCCUGAAUUAUGAGAUUCAGCCGUGUGUGAAUUAGCAACAGGGAGGGCGGAAAAUAAUGUAAAACUAGGACAGGACUCAUCAUGGUCAGUAGGAUCAGGAAGCCCUUCCGUACGUAGUCCAGCCUAUCAUAAAACAUACAUAUAAUAAUAAUAUAAAACAUUAUAAUAGAAAACACUAUAAUAAUAGUUAUAAAACAUAACUAUUUCCUUUGUUAUAAUCUAUUUCACACAAGCUUGUGUUCCCCUUUUUUUUAUAGCUAUAGGGAACUUGCAGUUUAAUAAGACUUUAAAUUGUGUACUUGUCUUAAUUUCUCUGUUUCUUUGAAAAACGAAUCCCUUUUGAUUCUUGAAUCUCGAUGUAAUCUAUGGUUGCUAGUAGAUCUUUAACGACACUGGGAAGAGGGUCCCAUGGCAGGACUUGCCUUCUGGCUACACACUCAAUUACUUUGAUGAUCUAAAUGAUUCAUUGGAUGGUUAAUUCUUGGCAUUUUGGGAUUAAUAGCCAUUUGCACUACUGCCGUUGUCGCAGGCACUGCUUUACAAACCUCAAUUCAAACACACAACUUUAUUCAAAAUUGGACCAAAGAUGCUCAUACUAUGUGGACCACUCAGGCUCAGGUAAAUGAGGAAGUUCAAGAUGAAAUACAGGAAAUAAAAACAGCCAUCCAAUGGGUCAGAGAUGAAUUAAUAGAUUUACAAAAACAAGUUAUGCUAAAAUGUGACUGGAAUUCUACUCAAUUUUGUAUUACCCCUGUUCGGUUCAACUAUAGUGCCUACUCUUGGGAACAAAUAAAAUUUCACUUGUAAAACAUAUGUGAUAA